UAUUUAUCUUGCCUUUUAAGCACUCCUAUCCCUGUUCUGUGAAAUACUUGCCCACCUGUUUGUGUUUGUGCCUCAAAGAAAGCCCUUCCUCCUUACAGCUUCACCAUACAGGUCAAGACAAUCAAGAGGCAUGCUUGGAUGUCCAGAAACAGAUACCAAUUGGACAUGGUAAAUGAAAGAGCAGAAGAGAUAGCGAAGAGCACAGCAGAGGCGGCUGAAGCGUCUUGUCAAAUGGGAAGGAGGAAUUUCUAUGGACCAGCAGCUCCAGGGACAACCUUAAACACGGUCACUCCUUGUGCUGCAUGUAAGCUUCUGAGAAGAAGGUGUGCUGAAGAAUGCCCUUUCUCUCCUUACUUUUCACCCCAUGAGCCUCAGAAGUUCGCUGCUGUUCAUAAAGUGUUCGGUGCAAGCAAUGUCUCCAAGAUGUUAAUGGAGGUGCCUGACAGCCAAAGGGCAGAUGCUGCAAACAGUCUGGUUUAUGAAGCUAACCUGAGGCUGAGGGACCCAGUUUAUGGAUGCAUGGGUGCGAUAUCAGCUUUGCAGCAACAAGUUCAGUCAUUACAGGCGGAGCUAAAUGCUCUAAGAACUGAGAUUAUGAAGUACAAGUACAGAGAAGCGGCUAGUCAGAUCAUUUCUUCUCAUGGGGCUUUGGUUUCUUCCGUGGAGGACCCCAUUUCUGCAGAAUCACAACAAGGUCUUUCUCAACCUCAGCCUCAACCUCAUCAUCCAAAACCAUCAUUACCUUCUUCUGCUUCUGUUGUUCUCUCAUCUUUGUCUUCAUCUUCCAGUUCUUCUGUAUACACACCCCCUAAAAGCUCAAUCAGCCAUGGAUCUAUCUCCAGCGAAAAUGUCCCUUACUUUGUUUAAUCCUUCACUAUUUGUCAAUUCCUGUUAGGACUUAUUAACCAGGGUUAUCUUUCUAUUCUUCUCAUCUUAAGGUUUAGCAUAAACAUUACGAUUUGAUUUUCAUUUGAUUUUAUGAUUAAUACAUUCUCAGUGUAGGCACAAAUAAUAUGUAUUUGGUUCCCUGGGAUGGAUUUGAAUUGAUUGCUUACUUUCCAAA